AGGUACACUGACAACGCGAGAGCACAAGACGCCAUGAACAUUACGUUUUUUCAUUGGGGAAUCCACGGAUGGAUUGUUUACACUCUAGUCGGUCUUCUCAUGGCUUUCAUAGCGUACAGGAAAGAUCUCCCGAUGACCAUUCGCUCGUGUUUUUACCCAAUACUUGGAGACAGGAUCUUUGGAAUCGUUGGCGACAUCAUUGACAUAUUCUCCGUCGUUUCAACCAUGUUUGGUGUAGCUACAAGCCUUGGGAUUGGUGUGAAAACAUUGAAUUCUGGUUUGAAUCGUAUGCACAGUGGGGUCGAGGAAACAACGAAUAAUCAAAUCAUCAUCAUUUGGGCAAUCACGUGUUUCGCCACGAUAUCAGUUGUUUCCGGACUUAAACUUGGAAUUCGCCGGAUCAGUGAAGUAUGCUUCGGACUUGGCAUAUUUCUAAUGCUGUUCGUUUUCUUUCAUGACAACACGUGGUUUUUUCUCAACUUGUAUGUUCAAAGUAUUGGGUACUAUUUCCAGUAUAUAGUGCAAUAUGCAUUCCAUACAGAUGCAUUCGCCCAACUUGGUAACGCCCCGGAUGGGAAACAAGCGGUUAAUUGGAUGGAUGAGUGGACAGUGUUUUACUGGGGAUGGUGGAUUACAUGGUCACCAUUUGUUGGUAUGUUUAUUGCAAAGAUUUCUCGUGGUCGAACUGUCAGAAGUUUUAUCAACGCCACUCUAACUGCACCUAUCCUCUAUCUAUUCCUUUGGUUCACCAUAUUCGGUGGGGCUGGAUUGAAAAUGGAGCGUGAUGCGGCCAAGGCUGGUAUCAACUGCAGUUCGACGUUGGGAGGAGAAAACGCGACGGAACCAUUCAACAGGCUAUUUCGCCUAUCUUGUAGAACUGACAGUCAAAUGUAUUUCGACGUUAUCCAGCAGUAUGGCAACAAUCUGGGAGGAUUUUUAAGAGUCGUCUCUCUGAUCAGUGCUGUGUUGUAUUUUGUAACAAGUUCCGAUAGUGGCUCACUUGUCAUUGAUUGUCUUUCAGCCAACGGAAAUCCCGAUCCACCAAUAAUUCAACGUAUAUUCUGGGCAUUUACAGAAGGAGCUUGUGCUACGGCACUUUUGAAAGCUGGAGGUGAGAAGGCAAUCGAUGCUCUUCAGUCGGUCGCGAUUGCUACUGGUUUGCUGUAUGCUGUCAUACUCAACCUAAUGUGUUUAUCACUUUGGCGAACCAUGCAAAUGGAGGCCGGAGACUACGAUCACUGCAGGAACACGUUUUCCUCUGGUCUUGUGUCAAUAUUUGAUAAACCUUCCUGGCGACGACUUCAGGACAUUCUUAUCUCGAUUGUGGCUCCAUGGUGGCCAGCAGGCCGUGCAGCUGGAAUGCUUUACAUGAAUCAUCCGUGGCGCUAUAUGAUUGUUAUGGCAACUCUAUUUUAUGGCUGGGUGUUUUUGGAAAUUUUACAAGUUGUUGAACCUGGCCUGGCGUAUGUUGGCUGGGUAGUUCUUUGCUUCUUUUUCACCUACCUCGCUUCAAUCAGGCUUGCCAUGCGAGGACAUUCUGAUAUAAAAGGCAGCAUUAUCGAGGAUGCAAUUGCCGUUUCUAUCUUCUAUCCACUGGCCAUAGAUCAAAUGUACCGGCACAUGCUUAUAGAGGAAAAGAGUAAAAAAGACGACCCUGGCGCUGGUAGCUACCUUAUGAAGACUGUUGAUGAACCAGCCAUUGUCAAAGAUGGCAACGAAAAACAACAAAAACCAGAAAGUGUUUAGGAAAAAGAUGAAUAUGAUUAUUAUGUGUGUUAGUUAACUUAGUUUUGGGAUUUUUGAUAGUAUCCAACUAUAACAGUAUGUAUGAGUACAUGCAAGCAAUUUGGACGUAAUAGCACUGCAUGAUUGUAAAUAAGUAGAUGCCACCAUUUGCACUAUUAGCUUUUUUUCCCUUUUUAUUCAGUUAGUAUUAUACUGAUAUAUUCUAAUUGACAUUACUUUUAUACAACAGCACCACCAGUAGUAGGUCGUGUAUUGAUUUCAUAGACCUCAGUGGUGCUCUCCACGUGCUUAAGCUGGUUAAGCAAGCAAACAGAACGGCAACAUGGACACGAAUUGUGCUAAACUUUUCUAAGUAUUAAUUAUUUUAUAUUUGUGUGUAUUCAUUGAUUUGGGGUUUUUGUCGUCAGGAGUUUCGCCGGUGGGAAUUCAAUCGGCGAGAUAUUUUUCAUGUAGAGUUCUGUUGCUAUUUCUGACUGGUACUAUAUGAAUGUAUAUAUAUUAUGUUUUAAAUAUUUAAUUUUUCCUGCUGUCAGAUAAUUUUCUUAAUUUUGUCUCAUUUAUAUGUUGUUAAUAUAUUUUAGUAGCUAGUAAGUUGACUAGUAACAUGG